CAAUGGCCAAGCCACCUCUCCAUCGACCACCAUGGUAGCCUCCUGUCUCAGCCCCACCUCCCUGUACGGAGGCUACCUCCGCCGCUGUUUCACCGCAUCGGGGUUGUCCUCGCAAACCAUUGAUAUCGACCACCAAACGAGUAUCCACUUCUGGGGCCCCACCACAGCCUCCCAUAAACCUGUACUGCUUCUGAUUCACGGGUUCGGGCCAGUCUGCCUUUGGCAGUGGCGCCGUCAGGUACAGUUCUUCUGUGCGGACUUCGAUAUCUACGUGCCUGACCUCAUCUUCUUCGGCGACUCGACCACCACGUCGUCGGACCGGACAGAGGUUUUUCAGGCGGUUUCGAUCGGGAAACUGCUGGAGAAGUUGGGAAUUGAAAGGUACGCUGUAAUGGGGACGAGCUACGGCGGCUUCGUUGCGUACCACAUGGCUUAUAUGUGGCCGGAGAGGGUGGAGAAGGUGGUGAUAGCGAGCUCGGCGGUGAAUUUGAUUAGGAGAGAUAACGAGGAGCUGUUGCAGAGGGCGAAAUUGAAGGAGAUUGAGGAUCUGAUGCUGCCGCGGACGGCGGAGCAGCUCAGGACGUUGACUUCUCUGGCGGUGUUCAAGCGUUUACCGACGAUUCCGAAUUUCUUGUGGAAUGACAUUAUCGACAAGCUAUACUCUGACAAUAGAGAGGAAAAGAAGGGACUUUUGAAGGGAUUAACACUCGGACGCGAAGAUACACCAAACAUAUCUCCUCUUCAACAGGAGGUGUUGAUCAUAUGGGGAGACCAUGACCAAAUAUUUCCCUUGGAGAAGGCUAUUGAACUCAAAGAGGUUCUGGGAGAGAAGGCGAAGCUGGAAGUAAUGAAGAAGACGGCACAUAUGCCCCAAGUUGAAUUCCCGGAACGUUUCAAUGCCAUUGUCAAAAACUUCUUGUGUGCCUGAUCUUCAUUUUCCUUCCAUAAUUCAAAUAAUAUAAACACGUUUAUGUAGUAUUUAAAAUUAUAAAAUUAGAUCUAGUUGAUUUCCUAACA